UGGAGCCGCGGGGUCGCGGCGCCCCGCGCGUCCCGGGUCAUGGCAGCGUCUGGGAAGCUCAGCACUUUCCGCCUCCCGCCUUUGCCCACCAUUCGAGAAAUCAUUAAGUUGUUCCGAUUGCACGCCAUGAAGCAGCUCUCCCAGAACUUCCUGCUGGACUUGAGGCUGACAGAUAAAAUUGUGAAGAAAGCUGGCAAUCUGACAAACGCUUAUGUGUAUGAAGUGGGUCCCGGCCCUGGUGGGAUCACCAGAUCCAUUCUUAAUGCCGGCGUGGCUGAGCUGCUGGUGGUUGAGAAGGACAGUCGGUUUAUCCCUGGGUUACAGAUGCUUUCCGACGCAGCACCUGGAAAGCUCAGAAUCGUCCAUGGAGAUGUAUUGACAUUUAAGGUGGAGAAGGCCUUCCCCGGGACGCUGAAAAGAAAAUGGGAGGAUGACCCGCCAGACGUCCAUAUUAUCGGAAACCUGCCUUUUAGCGUGUCCACGCCACUUAUCAUCCAGUGGCUGGAAAACGUUUCUCAGCAGGAUGGGCCUUUCACGUACGGCAGAACCCCGAUGACGCUGACAUUUCAGAAGGAAGUGGCGGAGAGACUGGUGGCCAGUACCGGCAGCAAGCAGCGGAGUCGCCUGUCCGUGAUGGCCCAGUACCUCUGCCACGUCCAGCACAUCCUGACCAUUCCCGGCCGGGCCUUCGUCCCCAAGCCAGAGGUGGAUGUGGGCGUGGUGCGUUUGGUCCCGCUGACCCGACCCGGCAUCCAGCAGCCCUUCAAGCUGGUGGAGAAGGUGGUCCAACACACGUUCCAGUUCCGCCGGAAGCACUGCCACCACGGACUCGGGAUGCUGUUCCCGGAGGCGCGGCGCCCAGAGAGCACGGAGGCAUUACUGCAGCGGGCGGACGUGGAGCCCACCCUGCGGCCGGGCCACCUCUCUGUCGCCCACUUCCGGCGCCUCUGCGAUGCCUACCGGCACAUGUGCGACCGCGACCCUGGACUCUUCGCGUACAACUUCCGAGAGGAACUCAGGCAGAAAAAAAGCAGACCCCAGACGGGAGAGGCCUGGCGGGAGAGCGACAGUCUGUAACGGGGGGUCCCCUGCGCGGGGACAGAAGAAGCCGCAGUGUGCCUGCCAUGACUCACUUCCCUUUCUCUGGACACCGGUGGAGAAAAACACCUAAGAUCAAGACACAGGACCAGGGGGCUGGAGCAACAGCACAGCGGGGAGGGCGUUUGCCUUGCACGUGGCUGACUCGGGUUCGAUUCCCAGCAUCCCAUAUAGUCCCCUGAGCACCGCCAGGAGUCACUCCUGAGUGCAGAGCCAGGAGUCACCCCUGUGCAUCGCCGGGUGGGACCCAAAAAGAAAAAAGCCAAAAAAACCACAGUACCGGGUUUUGCUUUUGUUUGUUUGUUUGUUUUACUAUAUAUACUGCAUAGAUAUACAUGUUUAGUAUAAACAGCAUCUAGUACAUCCUUACAAAAAUGAAGUAUCUGCACCGGGUGCCCCUAGCCCACAUUAAAAUAAUUUAAAUGUGCUUUAAAUAAAGCAAAAAAAAAAAAAAAA